GUCUCUUCAAGUUGCAGAUAAAGAGGUAGCGCAAGAUCGCCGUGGCGUUCAUGUUUGCGGUCGGAGCUUUGUAAGUUACCCUAUCCCACUUUCUCCCACUACAUGGCAUGAGAAAUAGCAGACGAGUCUUCAGUGGCCAUAUCUCAACCAUUAUUCAGCUCCAAUCGCUUGCAGGCUUCAAGAUCUCCCUCGACCCAACCUGGGACUAUACAGACGUAGCCAUCUGCACAGGUGCUGAACUAGCAACCGGUAUCGUGUGCGCAUCCUUCUCAGCUGUGCGACAACUCUUGACGAUGGUUCUGCCCUCCCGAUAACAUACGUUCCUCACGAGUCAAUAACGAAGCCGAAGCACAUCUGGCCGAGCUCAGGGUUAGAUCCCGAGCGUCAACCGACUACGAUAAGGACAUUCCUUGUUCCUCAUGCCCUCGUUCUCCGAUCCUAAGAAGAGCACGUAUAGAGUUACCACGGACAUAACGACAUCAAGCCAGAUGAAGUCGCAAGCAGAGACUGUACAAGACAUUGAACGCAGCCGUGUGUCUACAGAAGAGCGGCAGAAGGCCUCAAGGAACC